AGAAAAUUAAUUUUUAUGGCAAAUUAUCUUUACCAUUUCUUUGGACAGAUCAUUUAAUUAAAUAAUUUCUCACAGUACUCCAAUUUGAAUGAUGGUUCUGGAAAAUUCUUCUCAGUAUUCAUACAAGCCUAAUUUAAAUGCCUUUUCUCUGCCCAAUUUCCUUGUGAACCGUCAAUUGUAUGGCAUUUUACACCCUCAAGGUAUCCUGUCUACCAGGUUUGAUGCAUGCAAGACACUUCAUCAAAAAGAUCUUGUGGCACACUUUGGAUGUGUCAAUGCUUUGGACUUUUCAAAUAAUGGGACCUUCCUUGCAUCAGGGGGAGAUGACAGACUUGUUCUCCUGUGGAACAUCAACAAUAGUAUAUUAAGUCAUUCACCCAAGCCAUUAGUUUCAAAUGUCUCUACUGCAAGAAGAAAUGACAGCCGCUAUGACAGGAGCCAUGACAAUGUGCCUCAUACAGCUCCUCCACGUGCCAUGCAAAAGAAACACAAGAGUAACAUAUUUAGCCUUGCCUUCACACCAUCAUGUGAUAAGAUCUUCUCUGCUGGCAAUGACCAGAUUGUUCUCCAACAUGAUAUAACCACACAAAAGUGCCUCCGCAGUGACCAGUAUGAGGGAGCUGUCUACUGUGUGCAUGUGGACCCCAAGCAGGAUAUGGUAUAUGCUGCUGCAUGUGAGAAUGGUGGACUCUUCCUCGUCGACACUAGACUUCGGUUUAAUGGCUCUGGAGGGAAAACCCAACUCCCGGAGUCGUUCUAUGCAUACCAUUCGGUGCAGUUCCACCCUCAGCUGUCCACGCUGCUGCUCACGGCCAACUACAAAGAGGGCGUUGCUCUCUGGGACUCCAGAAAGUCCACCAUGCCGGUGAUCCGGUAUGGGGGCAGGAAAGGCGAGCGCUCCUCCAUGAGCGCCACGUUCAGCAGCUCCGGGAAGCAGGUGUUCGCUGUGCGGCGCCGACGCUGUCCUGUGCUCUACAACGUCAAUAACGACCAGCCUCUCGCUGAGUUCGACGCACGGACUUACUACAACUCGUGCACCAUGAAGAGCUGCUGCUUCGCUGGCGACCGAGACCAGUUCGUGGUGUGCGGCUCUGACGACUUCAACGUCUACGUCUGGAAGCUGCCAGACUCACUUCAGCCCAAGACUGCCCCGGUGGUAGUUCGGCCGCCGCGGUUCCAGCUGAGCGGCCACCGCUCCAUCGUGAACCAGGUGCGCUACUGCCGCAGCCUCGGCCUGCUCGCGUCCUCGGGGGUCGGCAAGACGGUCAAGAUCUGGAGCAGCUUGAAGCUCCCUGGAGGCAGCGGAUCAGGCAAGCGGCCCACCACCCGCCGCGUGUACUCGCACUCUCAGUACAUCAGCCUCGUCAUGCAAGACGACCGCCCUGACGAGGCGCCCGACACCAUAUCCGGCAACACAAGGGAAGACCCUCGCAUGCUUGCCUUUUUUGACUCGCUCAUCCAGCGGGAGCUCGAAGGGCUGGCUGCGCUGUCGGAUCAGUCGGAGAGUCCAAGCUCGUCCGAAACUGAAAGUAGUGACAACGAUCAAGAAAUUGAACAAAACUCAACGGAAAAAUUAUACGCCCUCAUGGGUUGUCGGCCUAAAAAUAAUUUUACAAUGUCGUCAGAGACGACUGGUAGCUGCCUGAUGCCUAGCAGCUCCCAAACAGGCCAGGACGCUGGAUGCACGGCAAGCCUUUCAAGUGCAAACAACUUUAAUGGAAACAAGACCAUGGAGGCAAUUAGGCUGCGUGCGCUGCAGGGUCGAACUCAAAGUGCGACAAAUAGUCGAGUAGUUGAAUCAGAUAGUACUGAAGUAAGUGGCCCUGAGAGUAGUGGAGGAAUUGCACCAGAUAGUAAUCGGGCGAGUCGACCAGAUAAUAGCAAAUGUCUUGAUUCCGAAAGUAAUCGAGUCAUUGGCCCUACGGAAAGGAAAACAGUUAUCGAGUCGGAAAUUAAACGUAUCAUUGAGUCGGAAAGACAUCAUUCAAGUUUGAAUGACGCUGCAUUAGGUGCAUCAUCUUCGCCAUCUCUACAAUCAAGCGGUCAACCAGACCAAGUUCAGGGCUCUUCACAAAGGGUGGGGCCUAUGCAAUCUAGUAUCUCUGACCCAAGGCAACAAAAUAAUGUUCAAGGAAUGCAGCGCACUGAUCUGCCGCUUGAAUCUCGCCAAGGGAAUUUGAACCCAAUAGUAAAUGACCACAGUUCUGAGGUUCCCAGGCCGAGUCGUCGAAUUGUUGAAUCAGGUCAUGAUGAUUACGAUGGUCUGUUGAAUAUCGUCAAUCUUGGGUUCAACCCUGAAAGCACUUAUGACCGCCAUCGUCACAACCUGCUUCACAAGCACAAAAUUGCGUACCGUUAUCACGGACGCAACCGUGAAAAACGUGUCUCGAGCCCCGACCGGAAACGACGUUAUGCACGUGACCGCGAAGUCAUUGGAAAGCGCUGCCGGUUCGUGCGUCGCCCAGGCCAGGACGAAUAUCGCUACCUGCAGCGGCGAAUGUCUAGACUUAUAGCGUCGUUCCUGACGUUGUCUCAAGUGCUGGAGCUUUGCGCCGCUAUCGGUGUUGAUGUGGAGAAUAUGUUGCUCGAGCAGGAACAGCUUUAUGACGGCAACGUUUAUGACUAUAAUGAUGAUGAUGUUGGUCGACGUGAAUGGUAUAGCCAGACUAGGCCGCUUAGGCUCAGACAAGCUUAUCGCGCGGAACGCGUGGCUGAGAAUGCGCUUAUGGUAAAUGCUGCGGAAGAAUCUGCGUUAGGCAGUGAAGUCGUCGACGAAGUGCACUUUAAUGCCGAUGGUGCUGGAGUUCCUAAUGACAACAGUGAUAAUGUUCCUAACAUGAUUACAGCGUGCAGGAUAGCUGGUCGAUCAGACAGUGGGAGAAACCAAUGUACUGGUCGUACCGCGUCAUCCGAUCAAAUUAAUGUGAAUUCCAGCAAUGCGGCUUGUGGCACGAGAUUUACAGCAGAAGAGACUAAUCCUGACUUGAGUGCUACUGCGUGCAGAAACGAAGUCCCUGAAUUGUCUUCGCAUUUGAAAGAAGUAAAUUUUUUGUCCGAGAACUUGAAACGAAAACGAGACGAGGAAUCUUUCGCUCUUCCCGAUUUGGAAGAAGAAAACACCGAAUCUCUCACAGAAAGUAAAGUACUCCGUACGUUGGAACGUUCAGACCAGGACAUCCACGAUGACCGAUCCCUGAGCAUCGCGGACGAUGUUUCACGUGGAGUUGAAAACCUGGCCGUGGGAGGCGCUGGUGACCACCAAGAGCCUCGUGAUGAUAUCGACAUGAGUGACCGUACUAAUGAUAUCAACAAUGCUAGUGCCGGGGGAAAUGCGAAUGAUGAUUUAUACAGAGAUACAAACUCACUCACUCGCACGACAUCACGCGGAUCAUCUACCCUCUCUAAUAACUACACUUCUGGACGCAGCAACGUCACGCAACGCCGCGACAAUAACUAUAGCGGCCAACGUCGGCCAACCCGCACCAUCAGCAGCAGCAGCAGCAGCAGCAGUGAGUCAGACGACGAGGUCCCCGAUCCUCCGGACGUGCGGACGGGCGUCCCGACGGCAGAGCUGCAGCCAUACGAGCAGAUGCUGCGCCUCAUCGCCGUCAAGCGUCGCCAGCAGGACGGCAGAAGACGUGCUCAGCGCCUGGAUCGUCGGAUUCACAGGCGGGCGGCGCGCGUGGCUCAAGAGGUGCUGAUACACCAGCAGCAUCGCUGGAAGGACAAGAACCGCCUGCAGCGCUGGCGCCUCAAGACCACCUGGCCUGCCAGACGAUUCUUUACGGAACGCCAGAAGAAGAGUAGAACGAAUCGCUCUCCGACGAAAGCUAUAGACUUUUCUGAUCCCACGAUGCCCAUGGCGGGCAGUUUACCACAAUUCAGUUCGAUUUCCGUUUAUCCGGAGAGAUUCGCGGAAAGUCUGACUAGUAUGAUCAGAAUGCGCACAGAAGAUGAGAGAGAAACUGCCGAACGACAGUCGGCCAGAAGACUAUCGCGACUUUUGCGUGCUGAUGUUACACCUUCGCCGUCAGGCGAUAAUCGCCAAUCAUCAUCUCACGAAGCUGCCAAUCGCAUCAGGAACCAAGCUGAUGAGUCUGGGCCAAGCGAUGGCACAAGUGAUGAACAUUCAUCUGAUGAACAAACUCAUAUGUCGCAUAGCCCCCUGGAGGAAAUGCGUUUGCGGAUGCCUUACGUACUCGUUCCUGCAAGGGAUGAUGACUUGUAUCGUGAAUUGGCCGCGCGUACGGGCCAUGUUUCGAUAGAGAGGGAACGCUACCUUGCCAGAACUGCCACCAACGAUCCUAUUGAGAGAGACAGUAUGGGUCGACCCCGUAAUUGGCUUGCCAGUCUCCUUCGUCCUGGUCGCCAACAUUCCGACCGUGAUUUUUUUAAUCACCGUCAUCAUCGUCGUUCCGACCCUCAUCGUUCCCGGCCCCGUCGUUCCGACCCUUUUCUUUUCAAUCUCCGUCGUUCCGACCCUGAUCGUUCCCAGCCCCGUCGUUCCGACCCUCUUCUUUUCAAUCUCCACAUCCAUCCAAUCCACAUCCAUCCAAUCCACAUCCAUCAAAUCCUCAUCCAUCCAAUCCACAUCCAUCCAAUCCACAUCCAUCCAACCCACAUCCAUCCAAUCCACAUCCAUCCAAUCCAAAUCCUUACAACCGCCAUCCUUCCAAUUCCCCUCCUCUUGCCUACAGAUUUCCCGAGGCAAGGAGAACCAAUUCCUUCGAGAAGUGAAUUGGGCUUGGAUUCUCCUACAAUGGAUGAAAACCCCAGAACAAGUGGUGCUCCUGUGAAUGAUAUUGAAAGAAUGGAUGAGAUCAUUGCGGAAAUGAGUGAUCUAGUUCAUGUUUCAGGCUCGACGAUGGAUGAAAAUCCCAGAACAAGUGGUGAUUUUGUGAAUGAAAUUGAAAGACUGAAUGAGAUCAUUGGGGAAAGGAGUGAUGUAGUACCUGUUUCAGGCUCAAGUCAUAGACUUGGGGCUGGUAGGGCAGCUGCAUCCAGCGUCAGUAGUGACGUGGGUCGUAAUAAUUGCUCGUCUGAUGGUCCUUGUGUUUUUGAUCUUCGCGGUACUUCUUGCGACAUUGACGGCUUCAGGGACAACGCCCGUGAAACAAAUCGUGCUCGUGGAUAUCUUGUGAAUAUAGGAGAUCGGUCUGGUUUUGGAGACCCUUCUGGUGUAGAAGAUCCUUCUGGUAUGGAAGACCCUUCUGGUGUGGAAGACCCUUCUGGUGUGGAAGACCCUUCUGGUGUGAAAGACCCUUCUGGUGCGGAAGACCCUUCUGGUGUAGAAGGCCCUUCUGGUGCGGAAGACCCUUCUGGUGUAGAAGGCCCUUCUGGUGCGGAAGACCCUUCUGGUGUGGAAGGCCCUUCUGGUGUGGAAGGCCCUUCUGGUCUGGAAGACCUUUCUGGUCUGGAAGACACUGCAGUUCGUGGGGAUUCUUCAAGUCAUGAACACCCUGCAGGUCGUGGAGAUCGUACAAAUCGUGGCAAUCCCGCAGGUCGUGGUGUUCCUGGAAUUCAUGUAGAUCGUAAAACUCGUGAUGAUCGCGGAGGUCAUGCUGGUCGCGCCAACAGGUCUAAAAUGGGUCGAAGAGCGGCGCAGUUGAGUGUUGUCUCCACCGACGUCAUCACAUGCAAUGACGUCGUAAUGAGUGUAACUGGCAGUGACGACAAUGCAGCUUGUGAUGGAGUCCAACAAUCCACUGGUAACGCGGGAACUAGCAUUGAUAAUGAUAACCAUCGCACAAAUGAUGUUGAUGCCCUCGAUGGGACUCCUAAUGAUGCCCUUGAUGCCAUCAACUGUAACUCCAAUUCACACCAAUGA